AUGCCGCUAUACAACGAAGCGAAACAAGAACCUUCGGAUGUUGACGCGGUAUCGGCAACAGACUUGUUGCAUCAAGUCAUCUCAAUCCACAAGCUCUUCGAUGUCGCUCGAUUCUUCACCGUCUGUGGUGUUAUGCUCACAGCCGAUGAUGAAGAGUGCGAGCGAGAAUCAAAGAAAGCUCGUAUUUCGACACACUGCGGGACAGUUGUACUUUCUGCUGUGGGAAAACUUUCCAAAUCCAUAAGCGAUCGCUUGGAUAGUCUAGAUUCAGUCGCCGAAGUGAAGUUUCGACAACGUUUCCGAAUGUCGCGCAGUACAUUCAAAUCGCUAUGCGAUGCACUGGAGCCGAAGCUGCUAUCAAAAUGGCAUACAGAGGCAUGUCAAAGCUCAGUUGCCAUCAGGGUUGGCACUGCUCUCGAAAUAAUGGCAGGAAAGAACUCUGUUAAAGAAGAGCUGGAUCCAAUGGGCGCAAAUGUUCCAGAGUUCUUUUCCGAUGUCUUAGAUGCGCUAUUGGAAUGGUCUGGAAAGGUGAUCCUGUGGCCCGGUGAAGCAGAAAGGGAACGAAUUAAUGAGAGCUUCUUCGAAAAGACUGGCGUAGGCGGAGUAGUUGGUUGUAUUGAUGGAACAGUCGUGGAUCUAGCCGGUCCUCCAGAUGCAUCAAACAGCAAUUCACCUAAUUCCCUCAAUGUCAGCCUGGUGACGGACGAUGAAAUGAAGAUCCGUUGGGUUUUCGCUAAGUACCGCACUAAUGUUGACGACAAUUCGGUAUUCAAAAGAAGUUUGCUCUGGGAGCAACUGAAAGACGGCACAAAGAAGGGAAUUCUCAUUGGUGAUGAUGCGUAUGAUGACGAGUCGUUUCUUUUGACACCCAGUGGACAGUCAGAUCCUGAGCGGGCAGACAAGCUGAGGGAAGCGCAUCUCAUAGCGCAAGCAACUGUUGAGAAUUGGAAAAGACAGUUCCCGAUUCUUUUCAGUAAUAUAAGGCCAUCAAGAGCGGCAAGAAUUAUCGUGGGAAGUGCUGCUUUGUACAAUCUGACAAGGCUUGAAAGUGAGCCGCUGUUCACGGCAGACGAAGACAAACAAGAAAUCACCAAGAGGCGGUUAAACGAUGAUCAACAUAAAGAUUAG